AUGGCUGUCCCAUCACUAGCGUUACUACUUGUAGGAGUUGUCUUGACUUCAGCUGACAAGGCUGGUGAAGUAGAUAGAGAGGACCAGCUGAGGAGCCGGCUGAAAGAGUACGGCCUCGUCACUCCCUUCAGCACCGACUCUCAUGGACACUACCUGUCACACCUGCUCUCCGCCACCCACAAGCAGCGCGUCAAGAGAGAGGUGCUUUCUUCUGGUGAAGCUGAACAGAAACUUUUCUUCAACAUCUCUGCCUUCGGGAAGGAGUUCCACCUCCGCCUGCGCCCAAACAACAGGCUGGUUGCGCCGGGCGCGAUGGUGGAAUGGCACGACGAGAUGCAAGGCUUCGGGAACAUCAGUUACCGCGGCGAUGCCGGUGCGGGCGCCAACCAGACUGAAGCCACCAGCGGGGCAGAGAGGAUACUGCACCGAGAGCUGCUAAAGACAGACUGCACCUUUAUCGGUGACAUCACAGACGUGCCCGGGGCCUCGGUUGCCAUUAACAACUGCGACGGACUGGCUGGGAUGAUCCGCACCGACUCCGACGAGUACUUCAUUGAGCCGCUGGAGCGAGGCACUCAAGAGCUGGAGGACCAGGGCCGGGUCCACGUGGUUUACCGCAGGUCGGCUCUGCUGCAGAACCCCUCCGACAUCUCUGUGGACUACCAGCUACAAGAACCAGAGCUGGAUGUACCCGGGACCCUGGACUCUGUAGCCCGGCAGGUCAAUGAGACUGUCCACCGCCGUCGGCGCCGAGAUGCCGGGGAGGACGACUACAACAUUGAAAUCCUGCUGGGAGUUGAUGACUCUGUGGUUCGGUUUCACGGCAAAGAGCAUGUGCAGAACUACCUCCUCACUCUCAUGAAUAUCGUGAACGAGAUUUACCACGACGAGUCGCUGGGAGUCCACAUCAACGUGGUCCUGGUGAGGAUGAUCAUGCUGGGGUAUGCCAAGUCCAUCAGCCUCAUUGAAAGAGGGAACCCAUCACGGAGCCUGGAGAACGUGUGCCGCUGGGCGUUUGUGCAGCAGAAAGGUGACCCUGAUCACGCCGAGCACCACGACCACGCAAUUUUCCUCACUCGCCAAGGCUUCGGCCCCACGGGGAUGCAGGGUUACGCUCCAGUCACAGGAAUGUGCCACCCGGUCCGGAGCUGCACCCUCAACCAUGAAGACGGCUUCUCCUCAGCCUUCGUUGUGGCCCACGAGACCGGACACGUGUUGGGCAUGGAGCACGAUGGCCAAGGCAACCGCUGCGGGGACGAGACGGCGAUGGGAAGCGUAAUGGCUCCUCUGGUGCAGGCGGCCUUCCAUCGAUACCACUGGUCGAUGUGCAGCGGACAGGAGCUGAAGAGAUACAUCCACACUUACGACUGUCUCUUGGAUGACCCCUUCAAACACGACUGGCCGCAACUCCCUGAGCUUCCUGGCAUCAACUACUCGAUGGACGAGCAGUGUCGAUUUGACUUUGGAGUGGGCUAUAAGAUCUGCACCUCAUUUCGUACGUUUGACCCGUGUAAACAGCUGUGGUGCAGUCACCCCGACAACCCCUACUUCUGCAAAACCAAGAAGGGGCCGCCUCUCGAUGGGACCGAGUGUGCUCCUGGAAAAUGGUGCUACAAAGGUCACUGCAUGUGGAAAAACCCUAAUCAGGUCAAACAAGACGGCGCCUGGGGCUCCUGGAGCAAAUUUGGCUCCUGCUCGCGCUCCUGUGGAACUGGAGCUCGCUUCCGAACACGUCAGUGCAACAACCCGGCGCCCUCCAACGGUGGCCAGGACUGCCCAGGAGUGAACUACGAGUAUCAGCUGUGCAACAUUGACGACUGCCCCAAGCACUUCGAAGAUUUCCGAGCCCAGCAGUGUCAGCUCCGCAACUCCCACUUCGAGUUCCAAAAUGCCAAACACCAUUGGCUGCCCUACGAGCAUCCCGACGCCAACAAGAGAUGCCACUUGUACUGCCAGUCAAAGGAGACGGGAGACGUGGCGUACAUGAAGCAGCUGGUGCAUGAUGGGACACGAUGCUCCUACAAAGAUGCCUACAGUAUCUGCGUGCGUGGAGAGUGUGUGAAAGUUGGCUGCGACAGAGAGAUUGGCUCCAGCAAAGUUGAGGACAAAUGUGGCGUUUGUGGCGGGGACAACUCCCACUGCCGCACCGUUAAAGGAACCUUCACCCGAACGCCAAAGAAACCUGGUUACCUUAAGAUGUUUCUCAUUCCUCCUGGAGCUAGACAUGUGAUCAUCCAAGAACAUGAGGCCUCCCCUCAAAUUCUUGCAAUCAAGAACCAGGCAACCGGGCAUUACAUCCUCAAUGGAAAAGGAGAGGAAGUCAAGUCCAGAAGCUUCAUUGACUUGGGCGUGGAGUGGCACUACAUUAUCGAGGACGAUGUGGAGACGCUGCACACUGACGGACCUCUGCAUGACCCCGUAGUGGUUCUGAUUAUACCCAGAGACAAUGAAACACGCUCUACUUUAAUGUACAAGUACAUCAUCCAUGAAGAUUCAGUGCCUGUCAACAACAACAAUGUCAUCCAGGAGGACACGUACGAGUGGGCUCUGAAGAGCUGGUCUCCGUGCUCCAAGCCAUGUGCCGGAGGGUUUCAGUACACCAAGUAUGGAUGUCGAAAGAAAGGAGACACCAAGAUGGUCCAUCGGGGCUACUGCGACGCCAGCAAGAAGCCCAAACCCAUCCGCAGAAUGUGUAACCUUCAGGACUGCACGCAGCCUCAAUGGAUCUCAGAGGAAUGGGAGCAUUGUACCAAAACCUGCGGCAGCCUGGGCUUUCAGAUCCGGACCGUUCGCUGCGUGCAGUUCCUCCACGAGGGCACCAACCGCUCCGUCCACAGCAAGUACUGCAGCGGGGAGAAGCCAGAGAGCCGGAGGCCCUGUAACAGAGUCUCAUGUCCCGCCCAGUGGAGGACCGGAGCCUGGUCUGAGUGCUCUGUGACCUGUGGAGAGGGGAUGGAGAGGCGUCUGGUCACUUGCCGGAUCGGAGAUCAAUGUAACGGAGAAAAACCUGAAAAUGUGAGACCAUGCAGACCGGGACCCUGCCACGAUGAGCCAUGUAAUGGAGACAAAUCCAUCUUCUGCCAAAUGGAGGUCCUAGCCCGGUACUGCUCUAUUCCAGGCUACAACAAACUGUGCUGCGACUCCUGCAGCAAGCGCAGUGGAGCUCUGUCUCUGUUCUCAGAGGCGGUUGAGACGGAGGAGCACGUCCGCUUCGGAUCGGCCUCCCAGCUGUUAGAGACACUAACGGCCUCUGCAGCGGCCAACGGCACUCGCAUUGGUAAACAAGGCUCCGGCAAAGGAUCAGGCAAUGCCGCGAAACACGCCACCACCCCUGCCCCGCUUAAGAAAACCCCGUCAAAGAUCACAACAGCACCACGGCGGGUCCCACGGCACAUGGGUCUCACUGGCAGGAAGCUGCCCGCUAUGGCGCCGUCUCCCCUGGCAGAAUCCACAGAUGGUCAAAGGUCGAGCAGCUUGACGGAUAGUCGGUGGCAACCAGCGUAUACUGAAGUGGAGAGAUGAAAGUGACGCCCUUCCCCUUCAGGACUCUUAAUGUACAGCAGAUAAUCCAGCUUCACCCUGAAUCUUCUCACGCCAAAAACACCACAAAGAGAGAGAAACGGAGAGAAAGAAAGAAAAGUGCUGGUUCACUUUGUUGUUAAUUUCCCUUCCCUUCUGCCCCUCAUAUUGACUUUUAAUAUGACGUCUCACGCGGAGCUCCCAGAGUAUAUUAUUACUUAAACAGCUCGCUUUAACAGGAGAAAAUAAUACAAUAAUUUCAAUGUAAUGGGGGCACAUGGUCCGAAGGGAAUUUUCAUCCGUGUCAAAUGAAAAGCUCAAUGAAACGCAGCUUCGUAGUGAUCAAUUUUAGGGAUAUAAACUAACCAAAGGACGGAUUAAUAUUCAGAAGAAGCAUGUAAUUUACUGGCUCCAAACGUUUAACAGUAGAUAUUACAAAGAAACAGUUGCUUUAUUCCAACCAAACCUUUUUUAACCCAGCGAGUCUUGAAGCCUUCUUUGAUAUCACUUACAGUGACAGGAGCAGGAAGGUGUCUGUACUUCCCCUCUGAUUGGUCUUCUCUCUGGUCUUGUCAUUUAAUGAAUCAGACCCCUUGUGUCAGCAGAGCGUUGCGGCGGGUUGUCCUCAGCAGACGGCGAGAGAGAAAAUGUCAACAGGUGCAGUCAUUAGAGCUGAUUCAAUUUGUGAAAAUGUAUGCAGACUGCAGAAGUAGAACAGAAAUAGACACAGGAAAUUGCACUUGUGGCCGUGUUAAAAAACAGCUUGAGUGUAAAAAGUUACAUUUAUGUUCUUUUGGUAAAUCCCAGAUGCUUUUCAUGCGAUUCAAAUUGCAUAACAGCAUGCUGCAACUAAUGAAACACCUCCAUGUCAGAUCUGUAGACAGUCACCUUUGAAGUUGGUGGGAGGAGGUUUAAUUUGAAUUUGAAGAUGAUGGGGGAAAAAAGUUUCAAAGAUCUAAAACGGAUCAUCUGAUGCAGCUGAAAAUCCCCUUUUUACUUGAACGUUACAAACUGCCAUUUUCUUGCCAAAAAAACGUGUGAAGCUCGACUUAUAGAGAAUUCACCUGUCCCAAUACUUGAGGAGUCAACGCAUAUACAAAAUCAAACACCAGACUUUAUAUAUGGCCACAUAUGGAAAGUGGCCAAACCAGUGAAAACCAUUAGGAAAAUGGUUUUAGUUGUAUAGAUUAUUUUUUUUUAUAUAUCCAGCAAUGUCUGUUAAAUGGCGCUCUACAGUUUCUAUGGAAAUGGGUAUUUAUAAAGGUUCCUGUAAAUACUGUACAUGAAAAUAUCAGUAUUAUUUUAAGAAGCUGAGGAUACAUUCAAAAAACAUUUUAAUCAGUUAUAAUAACAUAUAUUAUUCCUAAUGUUUACAGUUUCAGCAGCGAUGUUAAUAAUAACGCACUAUCUCACUCUAAAUGCUGGUGCACAUUUCUCUGGGGAAUGUUUUAAAGUUCACCAUUUAGAGAAAUGUGCUUGUUUGCUUUCUUGCUGAGAGUUAGAUAUGAAGAUUGAUACCACUUUCAUAUCUGUACAGUAAUAUGAAGCUGUUAGCUUAGCUUAGCAUAAAGACUGGAAGCGGGGGGAAACAGCUAGCCUGGCUCUGUCCAAGGUCCUCUAUCAACACCUCUAAUGCUCAGUAAAAUAUAUCAUGUUUAAUGUUUAAUCCGUACAAAACCAAUGUGUAAAAGACGACACAAAAAGAUUUUGUUAGCUUUGAACAAAGUCAGGCUAGCUGUUCCCCCUUCUUGCAGUCAUUGCACUAAACUAAGCUAAUCCUGUUUAAAGGCCCAGACACACCAACCCGACGUCAAAGAACUAGAGGCCACCAGUUCAAUCGCCUCACACCACCUUUGUCUUGGCCAAAAAGUUGCACACCGCAAAGAUGACGGCCAACUAAACUAAUAAUAUAUCAGUGUAUUGGAAUGAUCGGAUGAGAUGAAGAAGAAAAAUGAGAAGAACCUUUUGUGUUUUUCCUCUUGACUUUACUCGUUUGCUUGCUUUCCUCACUUCCGUUUUUCUUCUCGUGCACUGAUUUUGUUUAAGCUGAACCGCCAAUCAGAGUGAUUUCUCUCACCGAAGUACUCUGCCACCGAUUCGACUUGCUGAAUCAUGUUGGGCAGACUAGAGCCGACGGUGUGGGACACUCUGUAAAAACUAGACCGGCAGACGCUCACCGACGGCCCCAAACUGUCCGACGGCCGACCGUCGGCUUGGUGUGUCACGGCCCUAAAGAUGCUGAGAGUGGUAUCAAUCUUCUCCUUUAACUUAUGCCAAGAAAGCGAAUAAGCACAUAUCCCAGGAUGUCAAACUUUUCCCUUCAAGAAGCAUCUUAUACACGUUAUUUCAUCCAAGCCUUUACCCUUUUUUCUAAAUCAGAAGUUUGUAUGGUGCUAGCCAUCGACCGUUUCCACUCUUUGUGUUGCCCUCCUCGUGAAAGUUUUUCCUCAGAAAGGUUGAUGUUUUUAGGUCAAAGAAGGGAACUAAGUAGGGAACGUAUUUAACAAGUGUUCUCAAUACUGUAUGUCAUAUACAGCAGGCGCUUGUUCAGCUUGAACAGACUAAAAAAAGGAAGAUUUCACCAUGCAACUGAAAUGUGUUGUGAAAUUUCUACUUUGAUGUGACCAUGAAAGACGCAAACACUCAUCUUGAAAAUGCUGUUCGGUUUUAGAUUUGCAGUUUAAUUUUCUAUAGUGACAGUUCAACUUUCAACUCACUUAAAGCUGCAUUAAGCGUUUUUUGACCACUAGGGGGCAGACAGACCCCCAAACAAACUCACAGUUGCAUAUUUACACAUCCAGCAGAAAUAGCAUCCCAUUAAAUCACGUUUCUGUCCACCUGAUGAAUAUAAAUCCAACAUUCACCAUCUUUUUAGCUCUGUUUGGGUCUCUACCAACUCCUCUCUUUAGCUCCUAGAUGUUUCACUUUCUUCAGCAGCUACUUGUUUAUUUCAGCUCUCUGCUGUUUGGUGCUAACAUACACUCAGCUUUUUGAUUUUAUCUGGGGGAGUUGAGCAACGAGCUAACAGCUGUGUAGUGCUGCAGGUGUUUAUUCUCAGGUGGUUCAGCGCCGUGAGCGACCCUUUUCACACAUUGGAUUCAAUUUUAAUAUCAAAAAUCUCGCUUAAUGGAGCUUUAAGCUCAUCACACAUAUUCACAUUCAGUCUGAACAAAGUGUUUAUUGUACAUUUUGUGUUUGCAGGAACAAAGCCUCAUUGUAAGCACAAGAAGCUAAAAGAGUUUUACUGUAUUUGGAGCAUGUUUUUUUUUUCCAAAGUUUUUCCUAAAUGGCUUUUUUUAUGGUGGAAGAAGGUUCAGGAGAGAGAAAGCUAUUUAUUUAAAAAAAAAAACUUCACAACCACCAUGCAUCUGACUGCAAUAGCAAAGACACAGUUUUGUGUUUUCAGCAAAGAAAUAACUAUUCACACUCACUCCUGUGUGCCAAUGUAUAGUACAUGUAUAUAGCAUUGAGUACAUAAAUAUUUAUUGAACGUUAAAGGGUUGUUUUUACAGUAUGUGCAGCGCCAGCUGGUCAAUAAGCUGCAGCAGAUAAACCAUUGAAUCACAUUUAUGCAAAUCUUUCAUCCACAUUUUCACAUUUUAAAUGGAUUUCUACUUUUUUUUAUGAUAGACUAGAAAUUACAUUGUUUUUUGCAAACAAUUAGAUGUAAAUAUACAUGCUCAAAUCUUGAGAUGUUUUGUCAGAAAGCUGUCUUUUCACAGCUGUUUUGUAGAAGUUGUUUAACAGAGCUGUUACAUCACAGCGACAUGUACUGACCAGACAAAUGCUUUAUUUUAACCAAUAAAACAUGAAUAGUGUAGAACCAGUAAACCAGUAAAGUUGUGUUUUUAUGCUGUUUGUAGUUGUCAGUAUUGUCUAACCAUUUUCCACAUCCUUUACUUGCUGCCUAUACAACAUUGCUGCUAAUUUUAUGCAGAGCUUGUAAUGAUAAAUAGGAUAGUUGUAGAUGUUUCAUUGACAAUCCCUGAGCCUCAGACAGAUAUUACUGCAAUGGAUUCUCCAUGUACUGUAUCAAUACCCCCUGUGCUAUUCGUGCAUUGAAGUAUUACGAUUGUCAUGACUGUCAGUCACUCUCUGCUCUAUUUGCUCUAUUUCUAUGUAUUUGUGUAGAUUGAAGUGUACACUACUGAUGCUGUUUGUUGUAAUGGGGAGCACAUAGCAAUAAAAGAUACGAUUAACUUCUCGGA